AUGGUUUUCCACAUAUUUUAUCCUGCAUUGGCUGUCUUGGCGCUCUGCAUGGCAGUGUUGAUCAUGGUAAUGUUGCGUUACGGACCUAAGCUCUGUAAACUUCGUCACACUGCUAAACCUCCAGAGUAUGAUUGGGAGGACAAAACAUAUGAACAAAAAGUUUCUUAUGCCUGACGGUUAGAACAGUCUGCUGGAGAAAGUUCCAGCAGGCUGUCGGACAUAGAGAUAGCAUGAUCUCCUAAUCAUGUAAGUUUUAGGCAGUUGGCUUUUAAGACUUCUGCCUUAUCUGAUACUUAAAAUGAGACCAUCAUCUGUAGCAUUCAUUAUUAGCCAUAUUUACAAUGUCACAACAUAAGUAGAAUUGAACUAAUUCAAGCUUGUAUAUUUUGAGAAGAAUGUGCCUUCUAUCUGCUGUCAUGUUUUUAUCCAUCCUUAAGAUAAUUAGCAAUUCACUGAUAUAUAAAGUGUGCAACUGACACACACUUUAAGGUGUUUAACACCGUGUAGCACACUUCUAUGUGUGCAACACGAGUUUGAAUAAUUGGAAGUGUUCAACAGGUGUGUUGCACACUUUUAAAUGUUCAACCUGACCGACGAGCACUAUAGCUCAACGCUCAAGUUAAACACUAAAAAGUGUGCAACACACCUGUUGAACACUUCCAACUAUUCAAAACUCAUGUUGCACACAUAGAAGUGUGCCACACGGUGUUAAACACCUUAAAGUGUGUGUCAGUUGCACACUUUAUAUAUCAGUGAAGACACCAGUGGAAUGUUAGUGAUUUUUAACAUUCCUGUCUUAAAUGUCACAGACCAGAUUAUUGAUUGGAAAAAUUAAUGAAUUGUUCUGUUUUCAAUACGGCGAAGUCCAGUUACUUUUGGGAAUUUGGAAAAAAAAUGAAUUCUUGUUUCUUGUUGAUUUAGCUUGAUUGUAUAUCUUUUAUUCAUUGGUAGACUUUAUGUGUAUUUUUGUGUUCAUGCUUGAAAAUCUAUAACCUAAUGGAUUUAUCUAUCCAUAAAUUUACUCAUGCUUGUUUGUAAAGAGUUUGAAUGUAUUCAACCAAUUUUAUAUACCUAAUUGAAAUAUUGUGCUUUUGCACUAUUUUUUGUAUUCCUCUUGUUACCAACCUUCCGUCCACUGUUGUAAUGGAGUUGACUGUAUUAUGUGCACAAUUUUACUUGUUAAACAUUGUUUUUCAUCUAUUGUAUGUUACAUUUAUAUUAACUGUGGGUCCCUUGUACUGUUUUUUUUUUUUUUUUAAUUAUAAUGUAAAAAAUAUUUUAGCCCUAUAAUUAUGCAUAACUUGAAUCUCAUUUGACUUGCGCAGGCUUCCAAUGGGCGAGUAAUCUGAUUAUUGCCUAAGGUCCAGUGGGUAUAACCAUCUUCUUGAAUGUACUUGUGUCAUACUUACCCAACAGCUAGUAUUAUUGCCAACGCACACCAGACGUAAUGUAUUUCUAUUUAAGAUAUUGCACAUGUUAGAAAACCUCUGCCGAUCAAAUCAACUGUAACUUCAUCAGUCGAAGCAAUGACAGUACUUAGACUAUGACAAUUUUUGUAUUAGAACUAAGUCAUGACAUUAGCUCAGCAAAUGGAAACAGUCAAGUUGUAUUUUGCUCUAUUAGCAUAUCUAGUUGUUUUGAUAAUCUCCAUCUCUUUCCGUCCCUUUUAUAUCAAUUUAGUAUUCAUGAGAGAUGUUUUAAUUUUGUGUGAGUUUCUGACUGCUUUCUGAACCAGACUUUGAUGUGACUCCUCAUAGACUGAUCAAUAGAGUGCCUUUGUAUUGCAUCAAGUUUUUAUACCAGUACUAUUAUGUAUUUUUGUAAAAUUUCACUGCACAUGUGUAUAAUGAAAUAGACAUGGCAUUUAAAUAAAAGUGACAUCCUAGAACAGAUCAAAA